AUGUCAGAAAGAGAACGCCGCUAUAGAUAUGCCAUCCCACGGCCUCGGUCGCCUACAUUCAACCCUGCUAGGGCCACGACCGAGAGCUUUCCCUCAUUUUACAAUGGUGGCGACCUACCUCCGAUGUCUGCUACCUCGCUUGCUACUUCGCUUUUCGACAUGAUGACGCCACGCGGACAAACUGCCGACUAUCGCCCUCAAGCUAUCCCUCCCUCGACGACCCACCAUGCCACGUAUGUCGUUUCCGACUCUGCUGCUUCUCGAAGAGAAACUUUGAGACCUAGGAGCUCAAGCCAUAGAGAGCAUGGCCGGGGCCAUCGUUCGCACUCCGAUGCUGCCAGCCGGCCAAUCAUUGUCACCACCACCAAGAGACCAGAGGCACCAAGCUCGCAUGCAUCAUCGAAUGCCAGGCCCGGAAGCCCCACACGCGACGCUUACAGAUCGAGUGAUGAUGGUGGCUCUUAUUAUUCUCAGCCCGCCUCGUCUCUGCGACCACGGAGCCGGCAGUCGUACGGUGGUCAUCACCACCCGCCAUACAGCGCUGGACUUGACAACGAGGAAUAUCGCCGUCAAAGGGAUCGCCUGACGGCUGACGACCGCUAUGGGCACUCCCGUCACGACUCGCAUCGGACCCGACCAAUGUCUGUCUACGCCAGCAUGCCUCCGAGCAAGAAUACCGCGCCCAUUGACUAUGACAAUGGGGAUGUAGAGUACACGAACCCUGGACAACUGGCAAGAUACGACCUGGAACACAGCCGUCCAGAGCCGCGCCGUCGUGAGAGCCUCGACAGGUACCACCGCCCAAGCACUAGUAUUUCCUCAGAUAUUGGUAGCAGACCAUACCACGAGUCUUCGCGUCGUGGGCCCCCACCUACCACCUGGGGUCUUGACAAGAUGAACCAGAGUAUAUCUUCGGGACUUUACGAUCAGCCUCGCGUGCCCAUCUCGCCACUCACGUCUGGCUUGCCCCGCGAAUCGCAGUCGCGUCGGCUCAGUGGCAAUCUUGAGCUUCCAAACAGCCCACUGAGGCACCCUAGCAACUCGCGAACCCGACCGGUCUCGCUAUAUCAGGAAGAAGAGCGCCGACCAGGGCCACCUGAUCAGCACUCCAACCACCACCACCGUGGGCGGGGCCGCGAAGACGAGCAGCACGUUCGGCGAGAGUCGAGAGACCGCGAUCAUGGAAGAGAUGCUUUCACGACCCCGCAAAGCGCCAUAGAGCAACGCGGCUUUGGUGUGGUUGUGGACGGGAAGCCUGUAGAGCUUCAUCGACGGGAGGAGUCGCGGGAUCGGUACCGUGAACGCGACAGAGAUCGCUACCGAGACGAUGAUCUUGAUCGAGGCGCUGAUCGGGUCUCGGACGAGCGUCGUCGGGAACGCCGGGAACGAAGAAAGCAAUACCACGGUGAACCAAAGCGUCCGUCCGAUGACAGCUUAGAUCGGGUUAUUAUCCGCGAGACUGAACGCAAGCCCGAGAAGGAUGAUCACAAAAUCCGCAAAGACAGCCCACGCCGUGAUGAUGAUGCCAAGGACGGAAGGAGCAAGGACGACAAGGCCAGUAAGGAUGACAAGCAAGUCAAGGAAAAGAAGAGUGAUAGCUCAGUUGAUGCCACGUCACAAGAGCCUAAGCGGCUUCGCGAUACUGUAGCUGCGGGGCUCAGCCUUGCGGCCGCAUCCAUCGGUAUUGGCUCUGCGCUCAGGGACAAAGAUAAGGAUAAAGAAAAGGACAGCGACAGCAGCAAGGCAGACAAGGUAGUGACGGUUGAGAAAUUGGGAGGGGAUGACCGAGGUUCUUCUCGACGUCGCGAAUCGGUUUCUGCUGGUGCACCACCAAGGCCCCUCAAUGAAGCGGAACUUCGGCCAGCGAUGCGAGAAAAGCCGGCGCCAGUAGUUCAUCCGAAGCCAGCUGCGGCUCAUGAUGAAUGGGAGAUGGUCGAUCGUCCGUCCGAAGACAGGAGGAAGCCAAGUCCAGACUCCAUGCCUGUGCCAGGCACGCAUGAGCGCAGUCAACAAGAGUCCGAUGGGCGACUAAGCGAUGAUUCGGCAGACCGCAUAGUGCUCGUUGAGCGUCCUGUAGAGACAGCUCGUGCACCAAAAUCAUCGCACGAGCCAGCCACUGAUAGGGAUUUUGAGAAGAAACCAGCCGCACUGCCUUCGAGUUCAACGGCUGAAGAUCAGCAACCAUUGCGCCGCUUCUCCCGCCGCGCCCGUGGAGAGGCGGGCGGUGCAGCAUUCAGGCCAACCGAUACUGCCGAUCUUGUGGCCUUGAAGGCUCAAUUGGCAGCUCAAGAUACAUCCAGCAAGGAGAUGGAGAAAGUGGCAGCGAAUCCUCCAGCAGUGGCGAAUCAUCAACCUACGCAGUCAGCCGCACCACCUCCACCUCCCCCCAAGGAGCCGCUUUCACAACGCGAGCCCUCGCCAGAGCGGCGACGUACAUCGGCUCGAGAUGCUUCGGCGGAGCGUCGGCGACCUAGAGAGAAUUCGCCUGCAAGGCGUUCAUCCCCACCUUCGCAAAGAGACGACGACGUCGAAUUCAUGGAUCAGAGUGGCUCGGUCGUCCAACAACGGGACAAAAACGCUGGCGGAAGCUUCGACAGUACGAGCAGUCGAGGCCGCGAGCUGGUUGGACCCCAAGACGAAAAGUCUGUCAGAGUGGUCUCGCCACCGCGCGAAAAGGACGACAAGAAGCCCCUCAAAGGUAUCCUAAAGCCAAGCUCAAAGUUCCCCGAACCCGAGAACUUUGUUCGUGAGGGGGUAGCCCCGCACAAAGAUGACAAGACCAAGAAAGAUGUGCCUCCAGGUGCUCGGUGGACAAAGAUUGCUCGCAAACUCGUCAACCCUGAGGCCCUAACUAUUGGCAAAGAACGAUUUGAAGUCCGCGACGACUCUGUCAUUGUUCUGCGAGUUUUGAGUCGAGAGGAGAUUGAGGCCUAUACGGUUGCCACUGCUCAACUUAGAGAAAUGCGACUCAGGGAAUAUGAGAAGGCGAGAGAGCGGGAUCGCCGUAGGGAUGACGACAAAGACAGAGAGCGGGAUCGCGACCGCGACCGAGACCGUGACAGAGAAGGUGACGAUGAGAGACGACGUACUAGGCGCAGGGAGAAAGACGAAGACAGCGAUGAUCGAGAGCCGGAUCGCAAGGACCGAGCUCGGGACCGGGACGACGAUAGAGAGCGAGAGCGGGAUCGUGAUAGACGCGAAAGAGAUAGGGAUCGGGAGCGGGACCGAGAUCGCGACCGGAAUCGUGAUCGAGACCGGGAUGAAGAACGGCGCCGACCAAGCCGUCGCCACUCGGACGAUGACGAAGACGACGAUCGUUCCGGUUAUCGGUCGCGCAGGGAGCGUCCCGCCAAUGACGACUAA